UGUGUGGAUUAAUUCAAUGCCUGCCUAUCACUCCAACUUCAACGAGCUGCCCGGUCUCCGCAGCCUCGGCAACUUUGCCUUCCUGCCCCUGAACUCGUCCGUCAAGGGCCCCGCUCCCCGUGGCGACGGCUCUGAGGACAUUGUCGAGGAGGCCCUGAAGUACUUCAAGGCGAACGUCUUCUUCAAGAACUUUGACAUUAAGGGCAACGCUGACCGCGUCCUCAUCUACCUCACUUUGUACAUUACCGACUGCCUCCAGAAGUUGGCCAAGUGCCCCACCAAGAACGACGGUCUCAAGGCCAUGAACACCAUGUCGCUCGAGACUUUCUCUCUUCCCGGAGACAAGAACGGCAACUUCCCCCUCAACGGUCUUUACCAGCUCCCUGAGGCUCGUGCUGACGCUGACACUAUGCGCCAGUACAUUACCCAGCUCCGACAGGAGAUUGGCAUCCGUCUGUGCGAACGUGUCUACAAGAACGGCCCCGCUGACAAGUGGUGGAUGUGCUUCCAGAAGCGUCGUUUCCUCAACAAGUCGCUCGACGGCCGUAACGCUCCUUAAGAACCCCUGUUUUACUCAUCUCUCUCUCCCCCAAAAAAUACUCCUUGAAGCCUGACUCGUGUCUGUUUAUUUGUGUCUCGUAAUCAUGUUGUUGAUUCGACGUGUUGCGAUGUUCAUUCUGCUCGUGUACCUUGUCCGCUGUUUCAAAACCAUUGUGAAUUUUUUUUUUCUCCACUCUCCG